CUUUCCAGCACGUAUACAUAUAGGAGAUACCCGUGUGGACAUGGAGAUACAUGUAACUCCUAGGGAACCUUAAACCUUGGAGACCGAGACGUUCUUUCGCUCAGAGCCCCGUCGCCUAGAGGGUCGUUCACUUACCUACCUACCUAAUACUUGGUAGUGAUUCCAUUAGCCUACAUUUUACUUCAAAUUUUUAAUUCUUACCAAGCCAUUCUAUCUGAUUUGAUUCAGAUCCAACCCCACCAUCCUUCCCACUUAUUCAUCACGUCUUCUUCCAACCCUCACCUAGAUCAGUUCGCACCUUGACGGUAGAGUUGAAUAGGUGAAGGAGUCGCGUAACUAUCAUUUCUAGUCUUUUUGACAAGGACAUUCUUUUUUUAAUUCGCCAUUACUGAUUGACGUCUUGUGGAUUUUUUUAAUGUUCCAAUCAGCACAAAAUCCAGAACGUUCACAUAUCUCACACUGCCCACGUUUUCCACCAUUCUCCUUUCAUUGACACCAUAUUUUCCAAGUUCCAUCUCGAACAGUAGACAGUCAGCAGACUACUGUCAGAGUAUUUCCGUUCUCAUGUUUAUUUUCUCUUAAAUUCUCGUUUAAAAUUAACCAGAAGUGGAAUUGUGCGAAGAUGUCGAUCUUUGCCAGAGACGAUAUGGACAUGGAUGACAUGCCCAUGGGAGACGAAGACUGGCCCAAGACCAAUCGUGCAUAUGCAAAAGGGUACUGGUACUUCAUUGCAGCCUCUGUUGCACUGUUUCUCGUUAUCCGAACCAUUAAUUUUGCCAUAAACUGGUCAAGAGUACGCAAAUCUAAGAGCCACUCAGUGCAGGUCCCUACCAAGCCAACCAACCGAUUCACCCAGUCAUGGGCAACCUUGACGGCCCUCUGUAGGGAAAUGAGCUAUCCGCAGCUCUAUAUCCCAAUCCGAGGCCUGUCAUGGAUGACGCCGCCCCCCAUGGGCCGAAUCUUCAUCAUCUUAAUCUACUGGGCUGUCGUCGCCUAUAUGAUGGCGAAGGAUGUCGUUAUAGACGACAUCAACUACUUUGAGAGGAUUGGUUAUCGCAAUGCCUGGGUGGCGGUUACUCAAUUACCCCUCCUCUACUUACUAGCCUCCAGAGCCAAUGUCAUUGCAUUGAUUACUGGUACAAGCUACGAAAGACUGAAUUGGCUUCAUCGAUGGGUAGCUCGAACCAUGUUCGUCUCCGUCACCUGCCAUGGCUGGUUCUUCUGGACUGAGUGGGUCAGAGGCGAUAUGGUCGAAAUAGAAUUAUCCAUGAUGAGAAUGGUUCGCUAUGGAAUCGGAGCUUGGGGAGUCUUACUAUGGAUGGUUGUCUCGUCCUUCAAGCCGUUCCGCUCCAUGGCGUACGAAUUCUUUGUCAUACAACACGUCAUAACCGCCGUUGUAUUCCUAUGGGCUGUCUACCGUCACGUUCCUGACUCCGCAAAAUACAACGUAUGGUUUGCGGUUGCCUCGAUCUGCUUUGAUCGCGCUUUUCGUCUGGGACUCCUAUUUUGGCAGAAUAUCAAACUGCGUCCGAACCGCACAUGCUGUGAGGGUGGACAGUGGAUUGGUCAUUUGACAAAGCUUUCGCCCAUAGGCGAGUCUAUAACAGUGCUUACUAUCAAGGACGUCCACUUUAAAUGGAGCCCGGGACAGCACCUCUACCUGUGGUUGCCAAGAAUGGCAUUGUUUGAAGUGCACCCAUAUACGAUUGCCUCAGCCCAUCCGGUCCCAGAGACGUGUAUCUGCAACAGCAUUCAACUGGUAGUGCGAUCUCACUCGGGUUUCUCGAAGCGCUUGAACAAAUUUGCCCGAAAGCUGGAGGCAUCCGGAAAGAAGCAGACUCUGACAGCAUUGGUAGUAGGCCCGUAUGGUAACCCACCUCGAUGGGAUAUCUUCGAAACCUUGGUUUUCAUAUCCGCUUCGACGGGCGCAUCCUAUACCCUCCCUGUCCUGGAGAAUGUUCUGAAAUCCACGGCCAAGUCAUGUAUUAAACGAGUGGAUUUCCUGUUGGCAGCCAAACAAGGAGAGGAGAUUAGUUUCUACCAUGAACGUUUACACGAUGCUAUCGAAGAGGCCAAGUCUGUGGGUGUUGAACUGUCCGUACACAUUGCAGUGACUGGCGAAGGACAAGCCGAACCGACGGCUACUCCAUCCUUCCCGGAGUCUUCGGCGUCCUCGGCGAAUCAUGAGAAGAAGAUCAUCGAUGGAGAGACUCAGGCACCAGCGAAUAUCGAAAUCGCAGGAGUCGUGCAGCCAUUGAUGGACCAAUCGCCUAGCCGUGUCCCAAGCACAAGUUCUGACUCGCACAUCCAUCAUUUGACAUCACGACCCGACGUAGCUGGCUUUAUCAAGGCAGCUGUUGAGGUCACGGGAGGUGAAACCGGCGUCGUCGUUUGUGGAGGACAAUCCCUAGUUGCCAAAGUGAGAACUAGCGUGGCUAAGCUGAGCGACGAGCGCGCUGUCCAUAAGGGCACCGGUGCCCAGGGAAUCUACUUGCACGUAGAAGAAUAUUGCUUCUAAGGGAGAUGCUAGGAACGUCUAUAUUAGGAGUGACGUCGAUUGCAACAUGACGACCGAGGCUCGCGAUUUGCUGUAGUUUUGGUACUCAUGUUUCAUUUCACUGCUGGCUGGUAUUCUACUUACU